AUGCUUCAGCCUAAAUACACCUACGUUAUUCUUGUACCCAUAUACUUCUAUCGGUUUUUAAUCCAGAAAAUCAAGGCAGAGGCGGCUUCUGUUCUUCCUCCGGGUUACAAAUUAUCUCACUGUUUGGCUGAAGGCGGAAUAGGCAGAGUUUUUUUAGUAGUAAAUCCUACAACUAAAGAUUGUCUUGCUGCGAAGGUCGUGUAUAUCUAUGGAAAAAUUGGUUCUCCCUUACAUCACAAUGCCAUUAGUUCUUCUAAAGCAACUCCUCAGGGUUAUCCCUGUCUUGCAAGCAGGGCGGCUCAGAUAAGAGCUGAUCUCAAACAAGAGGCUGAAAUUCAACGACGCCUAAAGCACCACAAUAUUGCAGCGGCCUAUGGGAUAAGGAAUACUCCCUCAUUCUCCAUUAUGUUUAUGGAAUUGAUCACUUGCGGGGAACUCUUUGACCGGAUUCCUGUUGGGAUUGGCCUUCAUAUUCAACAAAUGUUCAUGUACUAUGUUCAG